AUGAACAGAAGGGAGCAAAGAGCGUUCAAAUUGUUCAUGUGGAUUCUUGGACUCUCUCUAGCUGCUUACAUUGCAGGAAGACCAUUGUAUUGGCAUCUCAACGAGACCCUCAGCUCCGCCUCUUCUCCUUGCCCUCCUUGCCAUUGUGAUUGCUCUCUUCAACCCCUUCUUUCUCUCCCUCAAGGAUUGACCAACAAUUCCAUAAUAGAUUGCAUGAGACAAGACCCAGAGGUGAGUGAAGAGGUGGGGAACAGUUUUACAGCUCUUUUGUCUGAAGAAGUAAAGCAAAAGGAAGCUGAAGCUGAGGAAAAACAAAGAAUUGCAGACACAACACUUCUAGAGGCUAAGAAAAUAGCAUCACAGUAUCAAAAGGAAGCUGACAAAUGCAAUUCAGGGAUGGAGACAUGUGAGGAGGCUAGGGAAAGAGCUGAAGCAGCACUUGAAAAUCAGAUGAAAGAAACUGCUUUGUGGGAGCUUAGAGCUCGGCAAAGGGGAUGGAAAACCGCUUCAAAGAAAUCUCGAGCUCAUAAAUAG